GGAGGAGGAAGAAGAGGAGGAGGAGGAGGAGGAAGAAGAAGGGUCAGUGAGAGAACCUCAUGACUCAACCUUUAAUCCUGGCGACUCUACAAUAUCUGAGGAAUCUGAAAUUUCGUUUGUGCAGAGGACAAUCUAUGGUGAUAACAAGUUCAUUGUGUUUGAAACCUGUCUGCGUGAGCUGUUUGCCACAUGCCCGAUUUGUAAAAACAAGUGUGACGUGACUUUACGCCGGAUGGGUACAUAUGUGGCAUUUCACCAGCUUUUCCCCAAGUGUAGUUACUACAGGCAAUGGGAGAGCCAGCCCACUGUUGGUAGCAUGCCGGUCGGAAAUCUUCAGUUGUCUGCAGCCACGUAUUUUACCGGAGGAUCAUUCGUCCAAGUACAAAAGAUUUGCAAGGGGAUGCAAUUACAAAUUUUUACGUACGAAACCUUCCGGAGACAUUGCAGGAGCUUCCUGGAGCCUGCCAUAAUCCACAAAUGGAAAAGUGAACAACAAAACCUUUUCCAGAAGUUUAGACAGAGUGGAAAGAUUGGCCUCGCCGGAGAUAUGCGUGCAGACUCACCCGGACAUUCAGCCAAAUAUGGUAGUUACACGUUGAUGCACACAGAGAGCAACACCAUUUUGGACACACAACUUGUUCAGAGCAAUGAAGUCGGCGGGAGUUACCAUAUGGAGAAAGAAGGUCUAAAGAGAUGUCUUGAUCAUCUGGAGUCCAGUGGCUUAACAGUCGACUACAUUGUGACUGACCGUCACCCUCAGAUACAAAAAUAUUUGAGAGAACGCAACAUAAUACAGUUUUACGAUUUGUGGCAUUUUGAAAAAGUUUAUUGUUUUUUUUAACUACAGAAUGAAGUUCAGAGUAGUC